GAGAGAGAGAGAGAGAGAGAGAGCAGCCGGACAUCUCUGAGGGAUUCAACGGACCUAAACGGUGUGUAACUAGACGGAGCUGAACCUGAGUCCAGACCACACACAGCGAACCUGGGAGAUGCUCAGAAACCUCCUGACAGGUGAUUUUCAGCAUCCAGACCAAGCAGUGUGUUAGGACGCGCCCCGCUCAUCGUCACUGGGCGGCCCAUGCACAUGCACGACACCAUGGGUAGCUCCCCCGAGGUGCUCUCGUGGACUUCCUGCCCCAGUCUGCUGGUGGGCAAGCUGAAGGAGGAGCUAAAACUCACCGUUGUCGGGGACAACAUGAAGAAAUCAAACUCGCCCAACUCCCAACCUCCGCCUCCUCAGGCCCCCCCGGCCAACUUACCCCCUCAGAUCAUCACGGACCUGGCCCCGCCCACUCACCUGCCCGUCCCCCUGCAGACGCUGCAGACGCCCGGCCAGGACGAGGACUCCAUGCUGGGGGGCGUGAGUCCCCCGAACACCGCCUUGAGCGUGGACUCGACGCGGAGCGAGGGCGGCCACUUUGACAACAGCGUGCUGCAGCUGCAGGAGCAGGACCACGAGGAGGCCGUGUCGCCGGCGUCCUGCGAGCACGGCGGCUGUGGCAGCGGGAUGGAGGAGCAGAUGGGGGAGGGGGACUGCCCCAUGGACCACGGUGUGGAGGGCAGGCAGAGCCACCACCACCACCACCAUCACCCUGACGACAUCAAGCUGCACUUCCACAGGGCGGGGCCGGGCUCCGGAGGGUUCCUGGAGGGGCUGUUCGGCUGUCUGCGGCCCGUCUGGAACAUCAUCGGGAAGACGUACUCCACAGAAUACAAGCUGCAACAGCAAGACAUGUGGGAGGUUCCAUUCGAGGAGAUUUCUGAGUUGCAGUGGCUGGGCAGUGGAGCACAGGGAGCCGUCUUUCUGGGCAAGUUCCGCUCCGAGGAGGUGGCCAUCAAGAAGGUGCGAGAGCAGAAGGAGACGGACAUCAAACACCUGCGAAAACUCAAGCAUCCAAAUAUCAUCAGCUUCAAGGGUGUGUGCACCCAGGCGCCAUGUUACUGCAUCAUCAUGGAGUACUGUGCUCAGGGCCAGCUGUACGAGGUGCUGAGGGCGGGGAGGAAGGUGACCCCCAGGAUGCUGGUGGACUGGGCCUCAGGCAUCGCCAGCGGCAUGAACUACCUACACCUGCACAAGAUCAUCCACAGAGAUCUCAAGUCCCCAAAUGUUUUAGUCACUCACAACGACACUGUGAAAAUUUCCGACUUUGGAACGUCCAAAGAGCUCAGCGACAAAAGUACAAAGAUGUCAUUUGCGGGGACGGUGGCCUGGAUGGCGCCAGAGGUGAUAAGAAACGAACCUGUGUCUGAAAAAGUAGACAUCUGGUCGUUUGGAGUCGUGUUGUGGGAACUUCUGACUGGAGAGAUUCCCUACAAAGACGUGGACUCCUCUGCCAUCAUUUGGGGUGUUGGCAGCAACAGUCUUCACCUUCCUGUCCCUUCCACCUGCCCGGAUGGCUUCAAAAUCCUCAUGAAACAAACAUGGCAGGGAAAGCCCAGGAACAGGCCUUCAUUCCGUCAGAUCCUCCUCCACCUGGACAUUGCCUCUGCUGAUGUCUUAGGAGCUCCUCAGGAGACCUACUUCAAGUCUCAGGCAGAAUGGAGGGAGGAAGUGAAGAAACAUUUUGAGAAGAUCAAAAGUGAAGGCACCUGUAUCCACCGGCUGGACGAGGAGCUGAUCCGACGCAGGCGGGAUGAACUCAGGCAUGCACUGGACAUCCGGGAGCACUAUGAGAGGAAGCUGGAGAGAGCCAACAACCUCUACAUGGAGCUCAGUGCCAUCAUGCUGCAGCUGGAGGUCCGAGAGAAGGAGCUCAUGAAUCAUCCCUCUAGGAGAGAGCAGGCGGUGGAGAAGAAAUACCCCGGGACCUAUAAGCGCCACCUGGUCAGACCCAUCGUCAGAUCCAACGCUGUGGAGAAGCUCAUCAAGAAGAAAGGAAGCAUGUCCCACAAACCUGGGAUGCCCAACACUAAAAGGCCAGACUUGCUUCGCUCCGAUGGCAUCCCCAGCCUGGACCCCCUGCCCUCCCCCUCGCCUCUCUCAGCCAGCCCCAAGAUCUCCACGCCGCCCGGCAAGGCCCGCUACCGCAGCAAGCCUCGCCACCGCCGCGCCAACAGCAAAGGCAGCCACAGCGAGUUCCCCGGGCUGCUGAAGCCUCUGACGGCCGCCACAGAAGACACCCUGUCUCUGCAGGAGCAGCCGUUCCUCCACCACCACCACCACCACCAACCGCCCCCCGAGGGCCCCUUCCUCCCCCUGAAGGGCCGCGAGGAGGCCGUCGUCAACUGUGCCAACAACCUGCGCUACUUCGGCCCCGCCGCCGCCCUCCGCAGCCCCCAGACGGACCACCUGCAGCGCCGCGUUUCUGGCUCCAGCCCCGACCUCAUAUCCACCGCCGUGGAUGCAGACACGCGGCAGCGGACUUCCUCCACCAGCUCCAACCCCGUCCCAGGUGCAGGCGCUGGUUCUUUGUGUCCCUGCUGCCAGGCUCACCCCUUCCCCGGCUGCCUUCACUGUCAGGAGACCCCUCCUGCAUCCAAUCACCCAGAGCUGCCCCACUACUCUCUGCUCAACACCCAGGAGAGCACCGCGUCUUCUUUAGGGGCUCCCUGCAAAGACCCGGCCUCAGAUGGAGAGGCGACAAAGAAAGCUGAGCCGCAGGAACAAGAGGCGUCCCAACGCACUCACACCCUGCUCACCGCUCUGCCCCGCACCCUCAGACCUCUCAGGAAGGGUGGUGAUGAGUCAUCUGAGGAGGAGGAGGGGGAGGUGGACAGUGAAGUGGAGUUUCCAAGGAGACAGAGGCCUCACAGGUGUAUGAGCAGCUUCCAGUCGUACUCCACCUUCAGCUCAGAGAACCUGUCGGUGUCUGACGGAGAGGAGGGGAACACCAGCGACCACUCCCACAGCGGGCCCCUGGAGAGGCUGAGCGCCAGCCAGGAGGAGCACCUGGACGAGCUGCUGUCACACACACCGGACAUCCCCAUCGACAUCUCCACCCAGUCGGACGGCCUCUCUGACAAGGAGUGUGCCGUGCGCAGGGUGAAGACCCAGAUCUCUCUGGGGAAACUGUGCUCCGACGAACACAGCUACGAGAAUCCACUUCAGUUCGGGGACUCCGACUGUGAUUCGUCAGAAGCAGAGUGCUCCGAUGCCACCAUAAGAAACAACAAAGUCGGAGCUCCUUCCUCGUGGUGAAACUCUCCCCGAGGUUCAGUUCUGUUUCUGCCUGGAGGCCGUCGUGUCCCACUCUGCCCUGCAGAGAAUACAGCAAUAAGAGGACAACAUUGUAAACAUAGCUCCUUAUAGCAAAGCCCCAUGCAAUCUCUCCCAGAACUCCCCUCCAUAAAGCCCCGCCCCUCCCUCCCUCAUCUCUAGCACAGCAUCCAGGCAACCCAUGGCAGGGAUUCCCUUUUGAAUGAUAAUGUACAGCAGAUAGUGUAACAUUCAUAAUUUAUUUUUGUCUGAGUUUUGAAGGAAAAUUCAGGACAUCUGUAAAUUCUCUGAUCUAAACAGAGGAAGAAAAAAAAAACUGACAUUUUGAAACUGAGCAAUGGGCUAAGUGUGUGUGAUGAUGAUGACGAGGAGGAUGAGUUUAGAUGUAAGCGAGGCUGCAGCGUGGCGUUACCACGGCGAUUGUUUGUCUCAGACAAGGAGAGUCACUACAAACAAGCCUUCUGAUCUGGCUAUCGUUGCUCGCAGCAUCUUCCUGUUUUAGACCUGACCCCCCCACAAACAAGGACCCCCUUCUCUGACAGAUCAGCCUGCUCUAUCGUGAGUUUACAGUGCAGAGCCACCCCGCCCCCAACAGUGUGAACACCAGCAUGAACAACCUGCGUUGCAACCGGACUCCCUCCCUCCCUCCUUCUCUCACUAGAAGCACCACGCGUCCCGUUAGGAUCCACGCUGAACUGCCCAAGCAUGCCCGUGCAGCUCGCAAACAAAAGGCAAACGCUGCCAGAAGACUGCAUGAAGUAGUAAAGCUAGCAGAGCAACAUAGAUGAAGAUUCAGCUCACAGCUAAGGAGAUAAAACAGAAAAAAACCUCCUCCUCUGUGACCCAGCUCAUCCUUCUCCGAGACACGCCAACGUCAUUGUCAUCAUCAAUCAGAUGCCAUGACCAGAGUUGUUUUGGGAGUUAUCAGUGUGUGUGUGUGUGAGGGUGUGUGUGUGUGUGUAUGAACACAAAAGCCCUUUCCUCUCCAUUAGACAUUACAGUUUCAAGUCUCAUCUCAGGAUUGUUUCGAGGACUGUGAGAAACUGGACUGGACCAAUUAUUGUACGUAUGAAUCUUUGAGUGGCACAUAAUAUGGACCAUACAGGAAUAUAAAAAAAAAAAAAAAAAAAAAAAAAAAGGUCUUACAGAUAGCCUUGAUGUUCAACCCUUUAUUGCUGUAACAAACAUUAAUGUUAUGUAGAGUGUUUUAAUUGCAAUCCAGGUGCAGUAUCCCAUUUCUUGAAAAAAAAAAAAAAAAACUAGGUGCAGCAUUUCCCAUUCACCAUUUUCUAGCAGGGUAAUUUUUACUGUCUAAUACGCAGCGUCCACAAAUAAUAAUUGUUUUUCUGUGCUGUAGUGAAUGAAACAGCAAUAAUGCAGGUUGGUGCUCAGGUGAGAAGGAGAAGUUGUUGCUCAGGAUCCGGGGCGUCUAGCUGGCUAGACACAAAACAGUGACUGGUGGCUAGACGAGAGCAGCAAGUGUCAAACAGCUGAUGAUUAUAGAUGCUAUAUUUUUUAAAUUGUCCCAUUUCUCUGAACCUUUCCGGGGGUUUGAUGCUCAGGUUUUGUGUUGCCGAUUGAGAGCAGGAGCAAUAUAUCAGCAGCCACUAGAUGGCGACAGCUACAAUGACUUUAUUUUUUCCUUGUGUUAUUGAAAUGUCCAGGCUCCAUUUCUUUCUACCCAAGGUAAUUUAUGUUCCCCAUGACUUUCAUAUAUCCUAGGAUCCCAGCAAUAUUACAAUUUUUGUCUUGUUGUCUUAGAAAAGGGAUACUGCAUCUGUGAGAGCUUUAUUUUUUACCCCUAUUAGAGUGUUUUGUCACCCACCUUAAUGAUUCUGCGGUUGAAAAAAAAAAAAGCCAGCCAGGGUUGAAUUUAUCGAAAAAUGAUGAUGUCAAGAUGUCAGCUCAAGUGUACGCGGACGGCUGAGAUUCUAAGUUAGGAAUAAAAGCCAGAGACGAGGCCACGGAGCAAUAAAGCUGCUCUUGGUUUUCAGCAACCUCAUCUCAGUGUUAGUUACUCCUGUAUGUAAAAACAUCUGUAAAUGUAAUGUAACCUGUUUGUGUCCUCUCUAUAAAGUAUCGCACAGCUCUGACAGAGCCUUCUGUCACUGAUUUACCAGCCCGCCUGGUUGAAAAUGAGCAGGAAAUUCUUUCAUGUGUAUUACAUCAGUAUUGAACUUUGCAGGAGGGUGUGAGUCACGAUUAGCACAAGGUGAAUCUAAAACUGUACUGAUGGAUCAAUUACCUUUUUGCUUGAAAGCUUUGGAAAGGCUUCCACCUGGUUACCGAAAAAAACAGCUGCUGCCUUUCCUCAAAGCCUCCUUCUUCACUCUGUUUACGUACGUGUGAAAUAACCUAGUGUAUUGUAAUGACUGGGUAAUCCGAUCAAGCUGUUAAUAACAUUGUCUUUCUGGAAUAUAUCCUGUGAAGUAUGAUUGUUGUUAUGUUUUAAUUUAAUUUCGAUUUUUUUUUUCUUUCUUUGUAGCUGGCCUACAUGAUUAUUGAUUAAUUUAUUAUGAAUGACUGGUAAGGUGUUGUGUUCUUUUUAAUUUCAGGCAGCUUUAGAAAAUGUCAUGACCUAUGAUUUCUCCUGAAAAGUAUUAUUUUAAAGGAAGCACAAUGAAUUGGUAUGGGCAGAGGACAGUGUUUGUGUGUGGGGAGAACAAAGCGUUGCAUAUCAUGGGCAUCAUUUUCUGUCACCCUGCAGGGGACCAUUCAUCAGUAAGAUCAUGGAGUAUUGAUUUAGCAGUCUUUACAUCAGUAAUUAGCAACAUCAGGUGUUUCAAAAGCUUUUUUGUGUCAACACAGGCUGUAAGGAAUCAUUACCAGAACAACCAAAAGCCAGUCAGCGGACUGUUACAGCAGGGUAAAUAAGACGUUAAAGCCUGAAGGCAUGUGUGAUGCCGAUUUCUGUUCUUCUGCAGAGAUCCCUUCCUCUUGUUUUUAAUCAAAAUACCAGUUACUUACAUCUGAAUUUCUGUGAAAUUGUCUCUAACUGUAGACAUCAUGUUGCCUCAUCCCAUGUAUCGAACAUCUGUUUCUUUGUUUCUCUCAUUUCCAAACUCCCUUUCCUGUUGAAUGGCAUUACGAUCAACCAAUCCUGUCAGUUUCCUGUAUUAUCCAGUGUACAGUGCAAUGGGUAUCUGGGAGAAUAAAAUCAGAGCAAACAACUGCAUGGAAUAAAUGCUGAUGUACUGUACCCAA